AUGACUGUUGCUAUUGGGACGGCCGGAAAAGGACCCAGAACAGUAUGCGAUCUCAUUGAAGACUGGGCACAGAAGCAACCUGAUCAUAUAGCCCUUUCAUUCGGUGAUCGGAGUAUUACAUACGCUGAGCUAGAAAAUGCCACCACUUACAUCGCAUGGAUGUUAUGCGAGAGGCAGGUCAAACCUGGAGACAAAAUUCCUGUUCUGGCACAGAGAAGCCUUGAGAUGGUUAUCUGCUUUCUGGGUGUUCUCAAAGCAGGUGCUUUAUAUGUUCCAAUUGACGUGGAAUCUUGGAGCAAGGACCGCAUCAAUUCGACGAUGGAACGAGUAUCCGCUCGUAUUAUUCUGAAUACUAGCACGGAGAAAUUCCCCGGAUAUGAGGAGAUCCCGUUGCAAGACAUCAAGCGUGCUUUUGAGCCGACGAUGGAACGACAAUGGCAAAACGAGCUCGAUAAGCCUUGGAAACAGAUCAAACCCAGCGAUCUUAUGUUUAUAAUCUUUACUUCAGGCACGACAUCCACGCCCAAGGGGGUGAUGAUCCCACACAGCUCGGUGUUCAAUUAUGUACAACAAGGGGGAAAGAAGACCCCCUUCAACCUGGACGCAUCCCCUGCUGACAUUGUCAUACUCAUCUUCUCUCCCGCCUUCGACGCCUGCACGGCCGUCAUAUUGUCUACAUUGUGUAAUGGCGCUGAAUUAAAGAUCGCUACUCCCGCGGAUUACUUGCACACGGCGACUCUCUGCACUAUCAUGGCGUGCACACCCUCUGUGCUGGCUACCAUUCAAGAUCCAUCCAGCUAUUCCAAUCUGCGAGCUAUCAUGAUUGGAGGCGAAGCAGCGCCUGCUUCACUCGUAUGUAAGUGGGGAGAACAUUUACCGAACACUCCCAUGUACAACUUCUACGGUCCCACAGAGACGACGUUUGCCUCACUUGUGGCACGACUUUAUCCAAAUAAGCCAAUCACUUUGGGAUAUCCCAUGUCAAACAGCUGCAUAAGGCUGCUGGAUGGAGAUGUAGAGUCUCGAUACGGAGAAAUCUGCAUCUCCGGGCCGGGUCUGGCAACGGGCUACUUCGAGAAUGAAGCCCUCACUGCGGAGAAGUUUGUUUACUGGGAAGGCGAAAGAAUGUACCGGACUGGAGAUUUUGCGCGAAUGACGGAAUAUGGGCUGGAGUUUGCCGGGCGCAAAGACAGCGUUGUCAAGAACCGCGGUUUCCUGGUGAACCUCGACGGCCAAGUCAUUCCCAUGUUAAACAGCAGUCCAAAUGUCAUCUCAGCCACGGCGUUCAUGCAUCGAGGCCGCCUUGUGGCUUUCGUGACACCCGAGACGGUCAAUGGCGUUGCUCUCCGCAAGAGCUUGAUUGACAAAUACGACUCCUUCAUAAUACCGGACGUCAUUCGCUCCGUGGAAGCUCUACCGCUGAAUGCGAAUGACAAGAUUGAUAACCGCGCUUUACAAGCCCUGUUGGAUAUCGAGGACUCGCAGGUUCUCAGCGGCGGCUUGGUGCCAGAGCUGUCCGACCAUGGUACAAAGAUGGACAUACUGAAAGCUGCAAUCUCUUUCGCGACUUCUCUGCCUCUAUCGGACCUUCCAGACAGCAGCUCCUUUACUGAACUGGGUGGAAACUCUUUGGCCGGAAUCAAAGUGGUAUCAUUCUUGCGCACAAUGGGCUUACACCUUCGGCUUGGACCACUUUUUGACCUUCCGAGCCUCUCUGCUAUUCAUGAUGCCGUGGAAAGUCUUGAGGAUACAGAAGAAGAGGAAGCGAGCCUUGAGCAGGGGUCGGCCCCGAGCAUAGGACCAAUGACGUCUCUGCAGAAGAAGAUGGUCCGGACGGGAUUGAGAAGUUCUGCCACAAGCUAUAUGCUGGUGCGAUUAUCGCUGCCUCAUAAGAACAAGGCAUUCAAGGGGGACGUACUUCAGUCAGCAUGGCGGCGCGUGAUCGAGCGGCAUUCAAUCUUUCGCACAGUCUUUAGCCUUGAAGACCAAUUGCAACGAGUACAGCCAACACUCAAUCUCGACUGGAUCAAUGAGGAGACGACCGAAGAUCAAUUAGAGACUCUGGUUCAGGUUCGCUCUGAAGAAAUGCGCAAGAGGAUCAAUUACCUGGAGCACGGAGACACGUUCACACCCAUCUCGGCAUACCGCUUGAUGACGGUUCCUUAUGUGGCGUCCACGUUCUUGGCUCUUGUGCAUCAUAGUCUGGUCGAUGGCUGGUCAUUUAGUAUCAUCCUCGAAGAGCUUUGCUUGGCAUUGGAUGGGAAGCAUCUUCCGGAACCUCCACAAUUUAUGAACAUUGCUCUUGCCCAAGUUCGGCUACAACGAGAUGCACAGGGUAAUGAGUUUUGGGCGAAGCUCUUGAAAGACGGCCUAUCGCAACCACUACUAAGGCUUCCUGAGCCAUCACGAGAUACCGUAGCGCCUGACUGGUCAAGCAGCUUGCAACUCAGUCUUGGGUUCGGGCCCAAGGAGCUUGAGACCAAAGGACGCCUUCGAGGUGUGACGCCGGCAACGGCGAUAUAUACAGCUUGGGGCCUGGUCCUGUCGAGCUAUAGCUUCUCUGACCAAGUCGCAUUUGGCGCCGUGUUCUCUGGAAGAAAUAUUGAUGUACUGGGAGCCGAUCGAGUUGUUGGGCCGCUGCUGAACACAUGCCCAUUUCCCCUGGAGUUCAAAGAAGGGCAAUCUGUGACCGACGCGCUUUCGACAGUUCAGAGUCAGCUCCUGCAGAUGCUCGAGUUCCAGUGGUGUGCCGAUAACGCAAUGGCAAGAAUACCAGCUGAAAAAAUAGCCAACGCUUUCCAAACAGUUGUGGUCAUAGAGUACGGUCUGCCGCCUCUGUCACAGCUUUGCGAGACGCUUCCGGAGCCAUGGACAACUGAACGGCAAGACAUGAUGGAAUUUGGCAUCACUCUGUUGCUUGAGGAGGACAGCGACGCUAAUCUUCGAGCUCGCAUUCUCUACGAUAGUUCGCAGUAUACAGAAUGGAGCAUCGCCGGUCUACUGAAGCACUUUUACUAUGCGCUCAGAGGGCUACUCGAUCCGGAUAAUGCUCUGUUGCAGCAUGUUCGAGACGGGAUAGUCAUCGGAGAAGAGAGAACAAAUCUCUUGAAACAGCCGCAAGAGAUAGAGAAGAAGUAUCCCGGAUACGAUACGGUCAAAGACGCAUUCGAGGCUGCUGCAGCCAAGUGGCCGGAGUUGGUAGCUUUGGAGUCCACCAAGGGAUCGAUGACCUACCGACAACUGGACGACGCUGCCAAUCAGUUGGCUUGUCACUUAAGGUCCGUCACAAGCCCCGAGGACGUCGUUGGUAUUCUCACUGACGGCUCACUCCACUGGAUUGUGGCUAUCCUAUCGGUUCUUAAAGCAGGCUGCAUUUGCUGUCCCAUUGAUGUUAGCCUUCCAACAGCUCGCAUCGAAGUCAUCAUAGAGCAAAGCGGUGCAGCCUUUUUUGUCGCCGCAAGUCGAGGUUGCGUACGGUUACCUAAGCACGUCCCAAACAACCGAAUAAUUGUUUCUGAAGAGUUUCAUGCCUCUCGCGAGACGCCAGCACUCACACUUGAGACCAUUUCAAAGCCCUCGGACGUCAUCUAUCUUGUCUUUACUUCAGGUAGUACUGGUAUUCCCAAAGGUGUCGCUUUGCACAAUCACAGCUUGAUUGGCGUCAUCAAUCACGAGCCUAACCGCCUCUUCUCUGGGCCUGGACGCCGGCUUGGUCAGGUCUAUGCUCUUGGCUUUGAUGUUGUCUUAGUCGAGAUAUUUGGAACCCUUCUCUACGGCGGCACGUUGGUGUUGAAAGACCCCAGUGAUCCCUUGAGUCACCUCAAGCGGGUAGAUGCAAUCUAUUCCACUCCGUCGCUUCUUGUAGCACUAUCGCCAAAUGAGUACUCGAAUCUCGACACAAUUGGGCUUGCUGGGGAAGCUGUUUCCCAGAGCCUCGCUAAUGCCUGGUCGCACACGCGUUUAUUCAACUUUUACGGCCCGAGCGAGUGUGGGCCUAUUUCCACAGGAACAGACCUUCUACCUGGUCAUCAAGUUACUAUCGGCAAGCCCGUUCCGAAUUUGGAGCUUUAUCUGUUAGAUCACCACCAAUGUCCAGUUCCCAUAGGCGUCACGGGAGAGAUAUACAUCUCUGGAGAGCAAGUUACUCACGGCUACUGGAACUCGCCAUCCGAGACAAGAAGAGCUUUUCUUCCGAACCCAUUCUUCCCUGGUAAGACCAUGUAUAAAACAGGCGACCUAGGCUACUGGACCCAGGAAAUGAAGGUGGUGUUUGUCGGAAGGAUUGACAGUCAGGUUAAGAUUCGAGGAUUCCGCAUCGAGAUGGAAGAGGUUGAACGCGCCAUUACAGCCGCGCACAGGGGCGUACAGAAUGCCGCUGCCAUCGUCGACCAGAAUCGCAUUGUCGCUUUUGUGACGCCAAAUACCGUGGACACCGACACCCUCCGACAGGAGGUUAGGGGGCUACUCCCGGUCUAUGCUUGUCCAGCGCGAAUUGUGGCCUUGGACACGUUGCCGCAAUCUUCAAACUUCAAGAUUGACCGUACAGCGCUGCAGACCUUGGCUGCUGGGGCUCAAGAUCAAGGGGAUGAUCCGUCAACGCCGACGGAAAAGAUGGUUGCGGAAAUCUGGAUCCAAGUUCUCGGCCUCCAUACCAAUAAUAAGAAGCGGCGAAUCACUCGCGAUGCCGAUUUCUUGGCCAUAGGUGGAAACUCCCUAUUAGCCAUAAAGGCAGCUCGAUUAAUAUCCGAAUCCACGAGCCAUCGCACUCCUGUGCCUCUUCUCAUGAGAGAGGUAGUACUGUCGAACCUUGCGCAGGCAAUUGAUCAGUAUAUGACUCAUGAGGAGCCAGAAGAGAGUAUACAAUCCUUCGAGUCGAUUCUGUCCAAUCUACCUGUUCCGGCAAGCCUGACUGCCGCUCAAACACCAUCGCCGUUGGAAGAGGAGCUAUUUCUUUGGCAAACCAUUUCCAACACUAAGUCGCUUUUCAACACCGCGUUCCAGUUUGUAAUUGAGGGGCAUGUCAAUAUCGGUAUGUUAACAGACGCGUUAGUCUCUGUUAUACGGGAAGAGCCCAUUCUCCGAGCCCGCUACGUUCUUGAGGAAGGGCUUCUGCACCGUUAUAUUAGUGACCAGGUCACUACCCCACUGGUCUUCGUUGGGAAAUCUCUGGACACCGCGAAGCUACAGUCUCUGAUCGAGGAGCCUUUUGACCUCGCCCGCGACCAACUUAUUCGGGCAGUAAUCUGGAAGCAAGAUGAUGGUCAUUUGACAGCAAAGACGUUGCUCUCGUUGAUCACGCACCACAUCAUCACGGAUAAGGCAUCGCUUGCUAUUCUACUUGAAUCUAUCGGCAAGAGGUACACGGCAGCGGUCGAUUCUGUCACCACUAAUGGACAGAAUGCAGCAGAAAGCACUCCAAAGGGCACCUACAUCGAAUGGACGCAGUGGCUGGCGAAAAUCAGCGCGCUGCCCGCCACGCCAGCAACUCUUGCAAAGCAAAAGUUCUGGCACGGCCGCGUCAGAGAAAUGGAAGCAGUCCCGCUAUUGGAUAAGAAUGGACGCGAGAAUCUUGGUCGAGACGUACCUUGUUACGAGUCCCUUCUUGUCGCAACCGGGGAUGGCUGCAGCUUUUCACAGCGCAUGGCUCUCGCCGCGGCCGCAAUCACGCUUUUUGCAGUAUUUGGCGAGGAUGAAUUCAUAUUCGGUAUACCGUAUAUGAAUCGAGACGAACCUGGAACGGCGAACCUUAUGGGACUCCUCCUCGACCGGCUUCCAGUACACAUAAAACUACACAAAAGCAACCUAUCGGACUCUGCUCGAUUCAUCGAUGACAUUGUGUCAGAGGUCAACCAUUGUGUGCAGAACCAGAUGCCCUACAUGCAGAUAUUACGAAUGGCCAAGGAACGAAGGCCUCUUUUUGACGUCGUAGUUAUUUACCAUUGGAAGUCAGACGCCCUGGAGCAUUCUCUCCGGUUGCCUGGAACUCAAGUUUCGAGUCAGCGUAUUCGAGCCCGAGGAGCCAAGUUCACUUUGCAGCUUGAGUUUACUGAGCAAGAUGAAGGAUUGCAUUGUGGGAUCGAGUACAAUGCGCGGGCUCUCUCCGCGCCGCAGAUGGCAGCCAUUAUAUCUUUCAUCCCAAGCGUCAUCAAGGGCCUCAUGGCUGGCUCUGCACCGGCAAAGAUUCUCUCAUAUUUCAGCCAAUCAGAGCAUUGUAACCCUUUGGAGGCUAUGCCGGCUUACAGGAAAAGGACGCGCAAAGUCCGCGAAGCCUUUUCCGAAGCACUCGGGGUGCAUCCAGCAGGGAUCGCCCUGGACACCACGCUGUAUGACCUGGGGGGGACAUCUGCAACAGCUCUUCGACUUCAGUAUUCACUAAAGAAGAGGGGAAUGCUUGGAAACUUGGGUGAUAUCCUUCUAGCGCCUUCGGUAGGAAGUAUCGCUUGGAUGUUCUCAUAA